UGUCUAAUUAUGGACAAUGCUGGUUCCAAUACGGGCCGCAAGAUUCCACAUGAUGCUGCGAAGAUCUAAAAGACGAGCAUUCUCAAUGUUAACUUGACAGCGACGUCGCGAUGGGAAUUUGGCCAAUUUUUAAACAUAACGAACACAUCUCAUACGACGAUAGCAGAUCUGUUAGAUAUCGCUUUACUUCAGCACGUUGGAACUUUAUAGUCUCCAGAGUCCUGUCCUGAAGAUGGAGGUGAAUGACCCUCACAGAUCUGAUACACAUCUGUAAAGAUGAAGAGAUGGAAACAGUCCAUUUGGUAAUCCACAUUACUGCCUUGCAUAAUCAGCAUGAACCCGACAAGCAGGAAGAUGAGAAUCUCAUCAAUAGCCAUAAUUCGAGCAACACUGACUUACAUGCGAUCCUUCUUCGUCAGUAAGUUCAUGAUAGUGACCUUGGUCCUGGCAUGUCUUUUGGCAGUUGAGUUUGUCUUCAAUUUCACGAUGCACUUUAACUCCACGUCAGGGAUGUCAAUGUAUCUGAGAGGCUUCCUGAUGAAACAGAAAACUAAUACUUCUGGAAACAGUCUUCGACAUCUGUUGACAGGAAAACCAAACAGAGAUUCCUCCAAUGAUCAGCCCAAGCUGCCUCUGUGCCCCCUCAUACCUUCUAACCUAGAGGGUCCAGUGGCAGUUGACAAGAACGUGUACAGCAAUAGGAACAUUGAGGCCCUAAAUUCUGCUGUGAAAGUUGGAGGUCGGUGGUGGCCUGAAACUUGCACAUCUCGACACCAUGUGGCUAUCAUCAUCCCGUUCAGGGACAGGCCGUCCCACCUCAAGAUCUUCAUGACCAACAUCCAUCACUUCCUGCAGCGGCAGGAGCUCGACUAUGGCAUCUUCGUUGUGGAGCCAGUGUCAGAUGUGAAGUUCAACAGAGCCAUGCUGUUCAACAUCGGGUACGCGGAGUCCAUCAAGCUGCACAACUACACCUGCUUCAUCUUCCACGACGUGGACCUCAUCCCAGAGGAUGACAGGAACCUCUACUCCUGCCCAGAGAUGCCCAGGCACAUGUCCGUGGCCAUCGACAAGCUCAAGUACAGGUUGCCCUACACACAGAUAUUUGGCGGAGUGAGUGCCUUGACACAAGAACAGUUUAUACAGGUGAACGGCUUCUCCAACAAGUACUUUGGAUGGGGUGGCGAAGACGAUGACAUGUUCAACAGGAUACACAGUGAAAAUUUUAAUAUCAUGAGAUAUUCCUCAGAAGUAGCCAGAUACAAGAUGUUGUCUCAUGCUAAAGAUGAGCCCAACCCACAACGCCACAAGUUAUUAAAAGGCAGCGAGCGUCGCUACAAGACAGAGGGUCUCAACAGCCUGAAGUAUACGGUACUGAGGAUUGAAUUCAGGAAACUGUAUACCUGGAUACUGGUGGAUAUCAAUGAGAAAGAAGUCAUGCAGGACACAGGCCAAGACCAGAAGCACACAAAGAGCUAGCACCAGCUGCUAAUGACCUGCAUAUAGACUGUGAUAAUAUGUACAGAUCUGUCCUUUUUGUGAAAUAAAGAAAUGGUGUGGUGUACUGUACUGUACUGUACAGUUUGAUUUAAUCAUUUCUUUAUAUUAUUUACUCAAGCUUUAAUUUAUUUUCAACUUUGCAGUUUCAUACACUUGUUCCAUCAGGAAUCUCAAGGUCUGUUAUUCUGUGUUUUAUAGAUGAUCAAAUCUAGGGUUAGUCAACCAACCCUCAGAAGCAGCAGUCAAUUCUUGAUCCUCAUUAAAUCAAUGACAAUGAAAGAGUUGUUUUCACAAAUUUGUUGCAGAGGUGCUAGUUCUAGUAAAUAAGGGACCGUUUAUGAUUUAUGGUGGGG